AUGGGUUUGGCCUCGAAACUCGCGGCCGCACAGGGUGGCGCGGCGGCUGUUGCCAACUACAGCGGCGGUGGGCAACAGCAGUACCCUCCGCCGGGUCAGCAGCAAGGCCCAGGGGCUCAAGCAGGCGGCUAUCCUGGGAAACCUUCCUACCAAGCCUAUCCCGGUGGCGCUCCUCCCCCACACAUGCCUUUGGCCUCACGACUAGCUGCCGGCGGAGCGGCGGCUCCUCCACCUGGAGGUUCAGCGCCGCCUUACCCUACUGCGCUGCAACCGGGCUAUCCGCAACAGCAACAACAGCAACCGCCGAACGCGGGAUACCAGUCCCCUGCGCCAGGUAACUACGGCCAGCAACAGUAUUCACGGCCCCCUCCACCUCCGCCGGGUCAGUCGCAAGGCGGCUACCCGGGUCAAGCGCCUUCGUAUGGAACACCGCAGCCGCAGAGUCAACAGCCAUACGGCCAGCCGCCGGGAUACCCACCUCAGCAGCAGCAGCAGCAGCAGGGAUACGGAUAUGGCGGACCUCCACCAGGCCAACAAGGCUACGGCCAAGCUCCUCCACCAGGCCAACAGCAAUACGGCCAGGCUCCACCCGGCGGUCAGUAUGGCGGCGCUCCACCGCAGAUGUCUGGGCCGCAAGACGUGGCAGGUUACCAGCGUCAGCUAGAGCAGGCGAUUCAAGAGAAGCAGCUACAAGUUUUCUACCCACCCGGCUCGCCCCAGAUUCCGCAAAUCGCAGCCCGCGCGGCUCAGCAGAUCGACCGUCUAUGCCAAGCGUGGCACAUCCAGAAAGAGAUCGCGAAUGAUAUUGUCAGACUCGCUCUCUACGAUGUGAUCAUCUACAUCGACGACAGCGGCUCCAUGUCGUUCGAGGAGAACGGCGAGCGUAUCAAGGACCUCCAGCUUAUCCUGCAGAGAGUCGCAUUCGCCGCCACGCUCUUCGACGAAGACGGCAUCGAGAUCCGCUUCAUGAACGACGAGGAGAUCCCGCCGCAGCAGCUGAGCCACAUCAGGUCCGACCAGCAGAUCGAGCAGAUCAUGCGUAGCAAGCGCUACAAGGGUCUGACGCCUUUCGGCACGAAGUUGAGGGAGAAGGUGCUGGAUCCGCUCGUGAUUUCGAAGAUGCGCAGCAACCAGUUCCGCAAGCCGGUUCUCAUCAUCGGUAUCACGGACGGCCAGCCUGCAGGCGAGAAGGCGGAUGCUCUUAGUGACACCAUCCGUUACGCUCAUCAGCAGUGCCAGCAGAGCGGAUUGAACGGGCAGCCGUUGGGUCAGGGCGCUGUUGCGUUCCAGUUCGCGCAGGUGGGAAAUGACCAAAAGGCGACUGAGUUCCUGGCGAAGCUGGACAACGAUCCGCAGAUCGGCAGCAUGGUUGACUGCACGUCGAACUACGAGAACGAGUCCGCCGAGAUGUCGCGUGCUCAGCCACCCGUCGACCUCACGCCUGAUCUCUGGAUGAUCAAGUUGAUUAUGGGUGCCAUUGAUCCAUCCUACGACACCAAGGACGAGAAGAAGCAGAUGGGCGGCGGCAUGCCACCAGGACCUCAGCAAGGGUAUGGACAGCCUCAACAAUAUGGAGCUCCACCACCUGGCCAGUACGGACAGCAGCAGCCUCAGUAUGGCCAGCAGCAGCCCGGCGGCUAUCCACCACAGCAGCAGGGGUACGGCCAGCCACCGCCAGGCCAGCAGGGCUACGGACGUCCUCCGCCAGGUCCUCCGGGUCAAGGUGGUUAUCCUCCCCAACAAGGUGGGUAUCCUCCACAGCAGCAGGGAGGUUACGGAGGAGGUCCACCUCGAUACUAG